AUGGCGAUUGAAGAUCCAGGUUGCUUCUGGGUUGUUAUAAAAGGAUGUAAUCCCUUUUUAGAUGAUGAAGUUGACUAUCAAAAACUAAAUAGUGCCAUGAAUGACUUCUAUAAUAGCAUGUGUCAAGAUAUAGAAAUAAAACCACUAAAGUUGGAAGAAGGGCAGGUUUGUGUGGUUUAUUGUCAGGAACUAAAGUGCUGGUGCAGGGCAGUUAUUAAGUCAAUUGUGUCUUCAGCAGACCAUUACCUCGCAGAGUGUUUCCUUGUGGAUUUUGCCAGAUACAUUCCAGUGAAAUCCAGAAACAUCCGAGUUGCCAUAGAAACUUUUAUGCGGCUUCCCUACAGAGCAAAAAAAUUCAGACUGUACUGCACAAAACCUGUCACAUUGCACAUUAACUUCUGUGAAGACAGUGCUGAAAUUGUACGGGCCAAGAAGUGGGACAGUGCAGCUGUUCAGUACUUCCAGAACAUCCUGAAAGCAACUACCCAGGUAGAAGCCAAAUUGUGUGCUGUGGAAGAAGAUACUUUUGAGGUUUACCUUUACGUAACUCUGAAAAAUGAAAAGGUUUGUGUUAACGAUGACCUGGUUGCAAAGAACUUCGCUUGUUAUGUGUCACCCAUGGAGAAUAAGAACUUUGAUUCUUUGGAGAAGCCAAGAUUGAAUAUAAAGUCAGCAUCCUUUUCCAAUAAGCUCAAUCCAGCACUUACUCUUUGGCCAAUGUUUUUGCAAGGAAAAGAUUCUCAAAGGAUGGAAAAUAAGACUGUAAAAUGUACUAUGGAUUCAUUGAAAGGUUCACCUAAAAAAGAAUCUGAAAAGAAACAACAGUACAUCUCCUUGAAAGAUGCAAAUGAGUGUGUUGAAUCUUCAGUGUGCUGGCCAACGAAGAGAGGCAUAACCAUAUAUGCCAAUCCAGACACACCAGCUGCAAGUGCUUCAUGUCAAAAGUCAAGUGAGAAGCCACUUAGAUCAGCUGAGAAGAAAGAAUACAAUGAGAAGAAUGGCUGUGUGAAAUUACUGCAGUUUUUAAACCCUGAUCCUUUGAGAGCUGAUGGAAUCUCUGAUGUACAGCAGUUGCAGAAGCUGAAAUCGGGGUCUCGGCAGCCCAUGGCAGUUUUGCGAAACAAGAUUGAGCCCUGCUUAUCUGUCGAGACAGCACCACUCUCAACAGACCUGAAAAAGGCUCUUCAAAGAAAUAAGUUUCCCGGCCCCAGCCACACUGAAUCUUACUCUUGGCCUCCCAUAGCACGUGGCUGCGACGUGGUGGUCAUUUCUCACUGUGGAAAUGACCCUUUGUUGUACCUUCCACCAAUGCUUACGAUUCUGCAAACAGGGGGCUGCUACAAGUCAUUGCCAAGUAGAAACGGACCUCUGGCAGUCAUCGUGUGCCCUGGUUGGAAAAAGGCCCAAUUUAUUUUUGAAUUAUUGGGAGACUAUAUCGCAUCCUGCAGACCUCUUCAUCCUGUGUUGUUAACAAUCGGACUCCACAAAGAUGAAGCCAAAAAUAUGAAGCUUCCAAGGGGGUGCAAUGUGAUUGUUACAACACCACAUAGUCUCCUGAGACUUCUCCAGUAUCAAAGCUUAUUGUUUCUUAGACUCUGUCACCUACUUUUGGAUGAAGUGGAAGUGUUACUCUCUGAAGCUAAUGAGCAAAUGUUUGCUAUAUUAGAUAACUUUAAAAAAAACAUGGAAGUUGAAGAAAGGGAAUCUGCCCCACAUCAGAUUGUUGCAGUUGGAGUUCAUUGGAACAGACAUAUAGAGCGUUUAAUCAAAGAGUUCAUGAACGACCCCUACAUUGUAAUCACAGCCAUGGAAGAGGCUGCCCUCUAUGGCUGCGUCCAACAGGUAGUACAUCUUUGCUUGGAAUGUGAAAAAACUUCUACUUUACUCCAGACUCUUGAUUUCAUCCCAAGUCAGGCACAGAAGACCUUGAUCUUCACCUGUUCUGCAGCUGAGACAGAAACAGUGUGUAAGGUGGUAGAAAGCAAUUCCAUAUUUUGCUUGAAAAUGCAUAAAGAAAUGAUUUUUAAUUUAAAAAGUGUUUCACAACAGUGGAAGAAGAAGUUAAGUUCUGGUUCUCACAUUGUGUUAGCCCUAACAGAUGAUUGCAUCCCACUCCUGGCCAUCACCGAUGCCACGUGUGUUAUUCACUUCAGCUUUCCUUCCUCACCAAAAAUUUUUGGUGGACGCCUAUAUUGCAUGUCUGAUCAUUUUCAGAGUUUAACUGAACAGGGUUCUGCAGAACAGGGAGAUAAAAAGACCAAAUCUGUCCUGCUGCUAUCAGAGAGAAAUGCCUGCCACGCAGUUGGUGUCCUGCGCUACUUGGAGAGAGCAGAUGCCAAGAUCCCUUCAGAGCUGUACGAGUUUACUGCGGGGGUUCUGGAAGCCAAAGAAGAUAGAAAAGCCAGAAGGCCUCUUUGUCCAUAUCUUAAGGCUUUUGGUUUUUGCAAAGACAGAAGGAUCUGUCCUGACCGGCACCGUGUUAAUCCAGAAGUAGACAUACCAAGGAAGUUAUCCAGCCAAACUCUACCGGUGCUUGGAUACAUAAAAAUAAUACCCUUUUAUGUUUUGAAUGCGACAAAUUACUUUGGUCGUAUAGUUGAUAAACAUGAGGAUCUUUGUGCAACUCUUAAUGCUGAGAUGAAAGAAUAUUUUGAAGACUCCAGUAAUAAAGCAAUUGUUGAAAAGGUGGAGAAAUUUGGAUUAUAUGGGUUAGCAGAAAAAUCAGUUUUUCACAGGGUUCAGGUGUUGGAGAUGAGUCAGAAGGAGGACACAUGGGCCCUGGAUAAUGUCCUUGUGAAAUUCAUAGAUGAAGGCAGGACUGGACUCGUCACAAGAGACCAGUUGCUGCACCUUCCAGAAAGUUUCCACACACUGCCCCCACAAGCUGUGGAGUUUAUCGUUUGUAGAGUGAAACCUGCGGACAGUGAAAUUGAAUGGAAUCCAAAGGUUACUAGGUACAUUCAUCAUAAAAUUAUUGGAAAACUGCAUGAUGCAAAAGUGAUGCUGGCUUUAGGAAAUACAGUUUGGAUUGAUCCAAUGGUGCACAUUACAAAACUUUCAAACUUGAAAACUUCUGUCAUUGAUUAUAAUGUCCGAGCUGAAAUUUUGUCAAUGGGAAUGGGCAUUGAUAACUCAGAACAUGUAGAACAACUGAAAAAAUUAUACAAAGGAGCUAAAAUGCCAUCUUUUGAAGAAAGCCUGAACCAGACCCUGGUACCUUCUUCCAGAGAAGACAGUGCUUGUCUGCCAAGCACACAGCAAGAGGACAAGGGCUCAGAGAGAGGAACUGACUCCAAGACAAACUCAGAAAACCAAAAGCAUGAAACUUUACCUAAAAACACUGGAGGUGCUUCCAUUAACAAAACUACAGAGCCGCCGAAAAGCUUCCACCCACAAAUAAAAUGGUUCCAAAAAGAGGAUGUGGUCAUACUGAAGAUAAAAAUAAGGAAUGUGAAAGAUUAUAAAUGUAAAUACUUUAGAGAUAGAGUUGUCUUCAGUGCCUGGGUAGGAGAGAAAUUUUACUUGGCUGAUUUGGAGCUGCAAGCCAACAUAAUAAAAGAUGAUUGCAAAUGCAUAAUUAAAUAUGACGAACCUGUAAUCACUCUUGCAAAAGAGCAAAGGGAGUCUUGGUGUGGCUUACUCAAACAGAGGAAUCCCAAUGUGGCUUUUGAUUUUGAUCACUGGGAAGACUGUGAUGAGGAUAAGGAGGAUAGCCACUUUGCCAAAGUUGUAAAUUCUAAAAACCUGUCCUGCAGCAUGGCAGGCUUGGUUGAGACCAGUGACAAAAGUUCGGAUGAAGAUGAAAGUGAGAGUGAAUGA